AUGAGUGAAAAGGGUACACGGGAUAUCUCAAUUGAACCAGUUAUUUCCUUCACAAAAGAUGACUUGGAAGCAAAAGAGGUACACGUGCUAGGGUCAUUUCAAACUCCCACUGGCGGCAAAAUCGACAUAACAAACAAUGUUGACCAAGCAAUGAAAUUCGUUGUUGAACAUCAAGGAAAACAUGUUCAAGUCUCUGCGGAAACUGACAAAAGGGUAUUGCGCAAGAUUGAUUUGUACAUGUUACCCAUUAUGUGUUUACUUUACUGUUUUCAAUUUAUGGAUAAGCAGGCUACUAGUUAUAGUGCCAUCUUGGGGUUGAGAACUGAGCUCAAAAUGCAAGGUGACAUGUAUAGUUGGACGGGCACUUCGUUUUAUUUGGGAUACUUGGUGUUUGUAUUUCCCGCAUCAUCUUUGCUUCAACGGUUCCCCAUUGCCAAAACAGUUUCAAUAUUUAUUAUUUUGUGGGGUAUGAUACUCGCACUAUUAGCAGUACCCGAGUACCCUGGUUUCAUUGCUCUAAGGACAAUAUUGGGGAUGUUGGAGUCGGCUGUCACACCUGCAUUUGCUUUAAUUACUUCACAGUGGUGGAGAAAAGAGGAACAAUUUGUGAGGACGGCUUGGUGGUUUGCUUCCAAUGGGUUAGGUACUAUUUUAGGACUGGCAAUAGCUUAUGGUUUAUUCAAGCAUGCAACAUCAUAUUCGUUACCAGCAUGGAAAUUGGUGUUUGUCAUCACAGGCGUAUUGACCAUCUUCUUGGGGUUUGUAAUAUUUUUCCAUAUUCCAGACACACCCACAGAAGCGUGGUUCCUUGACGAGCAUGAAAAGUUGGUUGUGGUUGAAAGAAUCAGAUCAAAUCAACAGGGUUUUGGCAAUCGCAAGUUCAAAAAGAAACAGUUUGUCGAAGCCCUCACAGACCAUAGAACAUGGUUAUUUUUCGUUUGCGCAUUAUCAGGAAAUAUCCCAAAUGGUGGUUUACUUAGUUUCGGGUCCAUACUCUUGAAUGACGAUUUCGGAUAUAGUCCACUAAACUCAUUGUUGAUGGGUUUACCCGAAGGUGCCAUUGAGAUUGUUGGGUGUGUCUUGUUUGCAUACAGCGUAAGGUUUGUAAAGUCUCGUAUCUUGAUUGCUAUAGUUACCACUGCCAUAACAUUGCUACUGGGAUGUUUAUUGGCAUUUGCUCCAUCAAAAGAGGGGAGGCUUGCUGGUCUUUACUUGUUCUUUUUAGGCCCCGUGGGGAUGAUUUGUAUCCUUUCGUUGGUUUCUUCUUCGGUAGCAGGCCACACCAAAAAAAUAACAGUCAACUCAAUUUAUUUGAUUGGUUAUUGUGUGGGAAACCUUGUUGGUCCCCAAACAUUUAUUGCCAAACAAGCACCCAAUUACCAUGGCGCAAAAGUUGCCAUUGUUGUGUGUAAUGUUGUGUCUUUGGCUUGUGUGGUGGGGAUCUAUAUCUCAUAUUAUCUUGACAAUAAGAGGAGAGAUGCCUUGCCUCCGGUCGACAUGAGCCAUAUCGAUCAUUAUGAGUUUGCUGAUUUGACGGAUAAGGAGAACCCAAACUUUAGAUACGCUCUAUAG